CCAAGAUACUUUCACUUCACUUGCCAUUGUUGGCAUUCAGUGCACACCUGUGGAAAAUUACGAUCUCCCAUCACUACCAAAAAUGUCUCAUCUCACUGAACUUUUCAAGUAUGUGGACGACCACCAGGACCUGUAUGUGCAGCGCCUGGCUGAGUGGGUGGGUGUCCAGAGUGUUUCUGCUUUGCCUGAGAAGCGCGGGGAGAUCAAAAAAAUGAUGGAGAUGGCAGCCAAGGACAUCGAGAGGCUGGGAGGGACUGUGGAGUUGGUGGACGUUGGCAAGCAGAAGCUUCCCUCGGGAGAGGAGAUCCCCCUGCCUCCUAUCAUCCUGGGGCAGUUAGGAUCAGACCCAGCCAAGAAGACGGUGUGUAUUUAUGGGCACCUUGAUGUUCAGCCAGCCAACAUCAGUGACGGCUGGGACACAGAGCCUUUCACUCUGGUGGAGAAAGAUGGUAAGCUCUAUGGAAGAGGAUCUACUGAUGACAAGGGUCCAGUGUUGGCCUGGUUUAACUGCAUUGAAGCGUAUCAGAAGAUCGGAAAGGACCUUCCCAUCAACAUCAAAUUCUGCUUCGAGGGGAUGGAAGAAUCUGGAUCUGAGGGUCUGGAUGAUCUUGUGUUUUCUAGAAAGGACACUUUCUUUAAAGACGUGGACUACAUCUGCAUCUCUGACAACUACUGGCUGGGCAAGAACAAACCCUGCAUCACCUACGGCCUGAGAGGAAUCUGUUAUUUCUUCCUUCAGGUGCAGUGCGCUGAAAAGGACUUGCACUCAGGGGUGUUUGGUGGCUCUGUUCAUGAGGCCAUGACUGACCUCAUCGCACUUAUGGGCUCCCUGGUUGACAAAAGGGGUAAGAUUUUGGUUCCUGGGAUCUAUGACAGUGUGGCGCCUCUGACAGCAGAGGAGCAAAAGCUGUACGAGAAGAUUGACUUUGACUUGGAUGAGUACUGUAAAGAUGUGGGGGUUGACCAGCUGCUGCAUGACACAAAGGAGCAAAUCCUCAUGCACCGUUGGAGAUAUCCUUCUCUUUCCCUUCAUGGUAUUGAGGGGGCUUUCUCUGAAGCAGGAGCCAAGACGGUUAUUCCUCGCAAGGUCAUCGGCAAGUUUUCCAUCCGCCUUGUGCCUGACAUGGACCCUAGAGAUGUGGAGAAGCAGGUCAUCGAUCAUCUGCAGAAGAAGUUUGCUGAACUGGGAAGCCCCAAUAAACUGAAAGUGAACAUGG